AUGGUCCCCGACAUGAACCAGUCAGUUGCUUCACUUUCGCCUGUUGAUCAGCAACGGCAUAGAAUACCUCUAACUAUUGAUAAUAAGCAACUUCUAAACCCUCUUGCUUACGCCUCUUCUUCCUUGAGUGCUGUGGCUACUAUGGGUAAUUUCUCUGCAGCUGUAGCUGCUGCUGCCGCUGUACAGACUGCAAGCCCUUUUCUCCUAGCUGCUGCAUUAGGAUUGCAGUCGACACAAAAUACUUUGUCAGCAUUUCCUUGGCUGAGCAAUGCUCAAUCUUUUACUGCAAUGUUACCUUAUUUACGACAACUGCAAACCCAGACCCAGAUCGCAUUAGCUCAGCAAUUAGCAGUAGCGCAGCAAGCAGCUGCUAACAUGCAUCAGCAAUUGAAAACGGCAAAUGCCGCGUCGGCAUCACUAGUCACUCAGCCACAAUGGUUGUCACCGCCGCCAUCCGUCCCACCUCAAAUUUCAGUAAGCAAACAAGCCUCUGAGGCAGCUUCUUCACCAUCCCCGUUAGCAGGCUUGAAAGUGUCGGCAGUCUCACAGUCAAAGUUUCGUGAGAUUAGUUUGAGGCCACGUGUUGUGGAAACGCAACUCCCUUCGUCUCCUUCUGGUUCAUCAUGUUGCAGUAGUAGUGAAGGGAAACAACGGCGUCAGUUCCUGUUUGAUGAAGACAUGAUGAUCGAUUCAUUAAUGGAAGAACGCAAAGAUUUGUCAGAAAAAGAAAGCAUUGCUGUUGCUGUUUUAGCUGGCAUGGCAGCAUACGAACGAUAA